UUGAGGAUCAAACUGGUUAUAGUUCACCAAUAGCAAUUAGACUUUCAAAUAAAGAAAAUCAAUUUAUAAUUCAUAUUGCUGUUAAGACUAUUCAAAAAAAUAUACCAUAUAUUCAAUUAGAAUAUCUAUAUUCUUUUCAUUAUAUUAAUUUGCCUAAUAAUAAAGAAUCUCAAU